GCUCGCAUGUACAGUACAUGUACAGCAGUUGACAUGACCACAACACAUAAACAAGUCGCAGCUCUGAAGAUAGCCCAAUUGGGAUAUUUGUCGAAUAUACGAACAGUUUGCAACUAGACGUGAUGUUUGUAUGCGAAAACAGGAGCCCAACAAAAAUAUCGUGAGUACAUUUCGUUGUUCACUGCGAGGAUGCCGACACUAUCUUUUAUCAAGGGAUAGAGUAAUGCAGUCACACAAACACAUCUGUCUGUAGUGCUCGCCAUGGCUCGCCCUGUGGAGUUUGGAACCAAAUGUAUGCAUUUGUGACACAAAAUGUCAUCUGAGAUGCUUGUUGAUUACUAGCAUGAAGUAUUGAGAUUCUGGACGAGCCAGCACCAUGGACAUGUGCAUAUUUUGCGUUCAAAAGUUUAAGAUGUUACACCGCUUCAGGUGUUUGCUGUGAUGUUAGGAGUAUGCCAGGACUCAUUGUUUUAGAGGCUUUGCAGACAAAUAAAAAAGGAAACACCACUGCAGAUGUUUAAGCAGUUUGAAUUUAAGUUCUAAGAAUUUACACAUUGGCAUUUGAGACUGGACAAGUUUGACCAAAAUGUCCGACUCGGAAGGCGAGGGACCCCAGCAAGAGAAGCAGCUGAAGAUUGUCAUCCUAGGAGAUGGUGCAUCUGGCAAGACAUCGUUGGCUACCAGGUACUCCCAGGAUCAAUUCGGGAAGCAGUACCAACAGACUGUUGGCCUGGACUUUUUCCUGAAAAGGAUAGUUCUUGGAGAAGACACUCAUGUAACCCUACAAGUGUGGGACAUCGGGGGGCAGACGCUAGGUGGUAAGAUGCUGGACAACUACAUCUAUGGAGCCAAGGGGGUGCUGUUGGUGUACGACAUCACCAACUACAGCAGUUUUGAGAAUAUAGAGGACUGGUAUGCUAAAGUCAAGGAAGUAUUCAAAGACCAGGAACGGUUCCCUCACAUAGCUCUGGUGGCAAACAAGAUGGAUCUAGAGCACAUGCGGGCAGUGAAGGCAGACAAGCACCAGCGAAUGGUUCAGGACCAUGGCUUAUCCAGCCACUUUGUGUCUUCAAAGACGGGGGACACGGUUGACCUUUGUUUUCAGAAGAUAGCAGCUGACAUCCUUGGUGUCAAACUAACGCGAGCAGAAAUGGAGCAGGCAAAUAGGGUUGUGAAAGCCGAGGUGGUGAACUACAACAAUGAUCCAUUACCCAGACCCCCUUCCAACCAGACAAGGAGUUCAAUGUGCUGUGUCAUGUGAUCCCAUAAAGCAUGCCCACCAAGAUGGCUGAUCCACGCUCUGCACAAUUUGCACAUUGGACACAGCCAAAGUCAACAUCCUUUGAUUUGGGUCGUCUGUACCUCUGGAAAUUACCAUUGGUGUCAGCUGUUGGACAACCAGUGUCUGCAGAUUAAAUAACCCUACUUGACUUUGUCGUGGUUCUAAGCAUCUCUUGGGUGAAAUUUUCAUCAUCCGGACUCUUAAGAGUGCUGCUAGCUUAAAGGAUCCACCCUCUGUGAUUUGGAGCUCACAAUCUGCAGAACGCAUCUCCAUUUGAUAUUGAUUGCCUUUUCACUGUUCUGACCAAACUGGUCCAUGAUUGCGGUAUGCUCUCUAUGAAUUCUUUGUGUGUAUCUCGCUUGAGACGUCAGCACAGAGAAGAAAUUUUGAGGUUGUGCGAAUCCAGUUCACUCACAAGUUGUGGAAAUGACUGCCGAUGACCACAAUGGGUUGCUACAUACAUGUACGUGUAGUUACAUGUGUGAACUGUACAGCACAGACUACAAAAAAAAAGAACAAAAGUGCUUGCAAAGUACACGGCCGAAGUACUUUUCAGUUACUUUCCUACAUCAAACUUAAUUUGACAAAAAUGAUAGUGUCUGAUGUCUUACAUUAAUUUUGUUAUCUUAUCACUGCACACUGGUCUUUUGUUAGUCUCCAAGUUUCUACAUUGUCUGAAGCUCAACCAAGUAAGCUCUUGUUCACUCAACAGCAUUGUACAUACCUGUAUUAGACAAGCACACACUGAAAGUCUUGUCAAGUAUAAGCACACUUAACUGUUGUGACACUGUUUUGAAAAAGGCUAAGUAACACAAUGCAUAAAUCAGGAUUUACCUAUCCAAGAGAUCCCCCACCAAUAAGUGACAAAAUAUCACAGGGGGUCAAGUAAGCCCUUAUCCCCCAUUGGAUAAACUGCUGGUAUAGGGUGUAUGUUUGUCUCAAAGUUACUUCCUGAGGAAGCAAAAAGUACAUGUCCUUGCGGAUGAUUACCCUCUUUGAUCACCACUUCCACUCUUAAAGUGCGGCAGCAACGAAUUUUCUUGGAACCAAUUUUUCUGCAAUUUUAUACCUUUCUCCAGUGUAUGAAAAUAUUUGACAUCCCUGUUUAGUCAAAUGCAUUGAAAAGUGCAAUUUUGAAAACAUUAAAUGCUGCCCAUGCUUUCCUGGACAACUGAGGGCGCCUUUGUUGUGAUGUCAUCUAGGGAAGACAUUUGUGUGUGUGUGUGUGUUCAAAUUGUGAACCCAAAAUUAGCUCGAUGAACACGUGAGAAAGGGUUGCAUGUUCUGCAUACUUAAAUAGUGAAUCACCCAAGAAAAUAAUGAGACUACCAAAUCUAAAAUGUUUAGCAGUUUUCUGAAUACAGACCAAUGCAUUGUUGAAAUUGUCUCCCUUGGAUGACAUCACAAUUUAGAAUAUAGAAACCAUUAGCAUGAAAAUAAAACGGCAGCAAAAUACCUUUAAAAUAGUGAAGCAAAAAUUGAAAAUAAGGUUAACUGAGAUGUAAAAGGGAAUUUUUGAUUUUUUUUAUGCAUUGCAGCUACCCUUUAAAUAUAGAUGGAGAGCUGAGAAAGGCCAAACGUAUGAAAAAAGUAUUUUAAGUCCAGAGUGGAGCUAUCGUUCACGAUUCAGUACUUUUGAAAACUUUCAAUACGUACUUAUUGAAAAACUGACUCUCGAGACUUGGUUUUGUAGUUGACGAUACCUUUGUUUCAAAAGAAUUUAUUUUAUGUAGUUGGACUGUUAAUGUUUAGAGAGUACUUUGUAUUUCUUGAAGAUUUAGAAAAACUUGUUAAUACUCGAGAAGUGUUGUAAAUUAUGUAAUUUAAGUGGAUUGUGUUUUUAAAAAAUGCAUUGCCACGGUAUGACGGAUUAAAAGGGUGUGGAGCGAAAUAAGUUUUUGAAACUAACGAGCACAAUAUAAAUUGGAGAAUCAGAUGUAUAUGUUUUGACAAAAAUGUAUGCACCAAAUACAUGACAAAGGUUUGGAGAAAUAUUGGA